GCGGUUCGGCUGAGACGAGAAAUCUUUUCCCUAGCCGUUCUUCUCUCUAGUAGAACUCGCUCUUGGUAGGGUCUAGAGGAGGUGAGGCGUUUGAUUCGUGAAGUUGUGCAAGAUACAAAAUUUAUUAACAUCCAUCCAGGCGUUUUGGUUUAUUGUUCCAUGAAUUUGGCAUUGAGUUGUAUGCGAAAGAGAUGAGCGAAAAUGAUGGCCCGCAGUGUUUCUAAGCGUCAUUUCUGCACUUCUUCUCUUGCACAUCAACCAUGGCUCUUCGUCGGAUUGGGAAAUCCUGGGGAUAAGUUCAAAGGAACCAGGCACAAUGUAGGAUUUGAAAUGAUUGAUGCAUUUGCAGAAUCGCAGGGAAUUUCCAUGGAUACCGUUUUCUGCAAAGCUUCGUUUGGAAAAGGUUUGGUGAGAGACGUGCCUAUUUUUCUUUCAAAGCCCCAGACUUACAUGAAUUUGAGCGGUGAAUCAAGCGGUCCAUUGGCACAAUAUUACAAACUUCCUAUUAACCGCAUUGUUGUGUUUCAUGAUGAUAUGAGUUUACCAUGUGGUGUACUUCGGCUUCAGCCUAAAGGAGGUCAUGCAGGUCAUAACGGGUUGAAGAAUGUGAUCCAUCAUUUUCGUGGAAUCAAAGACUUCGGUAGACUGAGAAUAGGUAUUGGUAGCCCACCUGGUCAAAUGGAUCCCAAAGCGUUUUUGCUUCAAAAGUUUAAUGCAAUUGCUCGAGAGCGGAUUGAUGCUGCUUUACCAGAAGGGGUUGAUGUUUUGAAACAAAUAAUACACAUUGGCUUCACAGAGAGUUCCAGACGAUUCAACAUAGAACAGAAGUACAAGCAUAUAAGAUUUCAGACAUUGCCCACAUAACUUAAAAAAAAUUGGCCUGUUUUUUGAUCAAACAAGACUUUGAAUUUUGGUUCAUGCCUUUAUUGUAUCUGUAUAUCAAGAUUUCUUAUUUUAAGUUAAUAUAUUUUAAAUUUUAUAUUA